ACUGAAUGCCUUUCUGCCAUUUCAUCUUGGAUGACAUCUCGCCACCUCAAACUUAAUAUUUCCAAAACAGAAUUAAUUAUAUUUCCACCGGCCAAUAGUAGUUUCCAACCUGAUAUCUCUAUCACUGUUGAGAACUCUGCAAUCACCCCUACCCCACAAGCUCGCUGCCUAGGUGUCAAUCUUGACUCUGAACUGUCCUUUGUUACCCACAUUCAAUCUGUCUCAAGAUCAUGUUACAUACAUCUAAGAAACAUAUCCAAAAUACGCCCUUAUCUUACACAAGACACAGCAAAAACUCUAAUCCAUGCUCUCAUUAUCUCCCGCAUUGAUUAUUGUAAUAGUCUCCUGACCGGUCUUCUCAAACAUAGGCUCUCACCACUACAAUCCAUUUUGAAUGCAGCUGCGAGGCUAAUCUUCCUUGCCAGACGUUCAUCGUCUGCAGAUCCGCUCUGUCAGUCCCUCCAUUGGUUACCGGUAUUCUACCGUAUUAAAUAUAAAAUACUUUUACUCACAUACAAGGCUAUUAACCAAACUGCACCAACAUACAUCUCUUCACUCAUCUCAAAAUAUCUCCCUACCCGACCUCUCCACUCUGCACAAGAUCUACGUCUCUCAUCCACACGCAUUACUUGUUCACACUCAAAAUUACAGGACUUUAUCCGGGCUUCACCCACUCUGUGGAAUGCCCUCCCACGCACAGUAAGACUCGCCUCUAGUCUCCAAACCUUUAAAUGUUCCCUGAAAACUCACCUCUUCAGACAAGCCUAUCAAAUUCCAGACCCACCCACAUAACCUUCAGUGCUUCCCUAUCUAAUUACAUCCUCUGUAGAAUAUUCAUAACAUCACAUAUCUUGUCUUUCUUUAGUCUCACACCCUCCUGACACUUGGAUAACUUUGUGGGGUAUCAUCAUACAACCCAUUAGAACCUAGCAAUCUGGUGGACCAUUAUGCAAUAGUUAGCAUCAAUCCUUGUGUAUCUAUGCCUAUUUCCCUAUAGAUUGUAAGCUUGCGAGCAGGGCCUUCCUACCUCUGUCUGUCUGUUUUUACCCAGUUUUGUU